AUAUAUUCAAAUAAUAUAUAUUCAAUAAAUUAAUUCAAUAUUAGAAUAAAUAUUAUUAAAAUAACAACAGUGAAACAAUUUUACUCCUUUAGAAUUCUAAUGGGUGCCAUGAAGAUGAAAUUGAUGUAAACUUCUUAAUGACGAGCACACCAAAGUUAUCUAAGACUGCAAACCAAGAGUUUAUAGAUCCAAUUUUGUUAAAACCACAGAGGAUGCACAUUGUGGAAAAAGAGAAUACUGAACAUAUAAGUCAGUUGUACACCAAGCUGUUCCAGGAGGCUGAGAAAAUCAAAAGGUGGAAAUUAUCCAUGGACAAUGAACUUUGGCAGAAGGAUAAGAAGUUACAAGAAAAUAAACAAACUAUUGAAGUUCAGCGUAAAGCAAUCCAAGAACAACAAUUUGAAAAUGAAAGCCUCAGUAUGAAACUAGAAGAAGAGAUCAGUAAAAAUGAAGAAGCAACAAAAACACAUAAUGCCACAAGAGAUCUGUGUUCUCUUGUAAAUGAUUCCUCUUCACGGUUGGCUGAAAAAAUAAAAGCAUAUGAAACAGAAAGAGAUGAAACACGGCGACUUUAUGGUGAAAAUGCUGAAAAUAUUGAGCGAAUAAUAAUGGCUUUUGAAGAAAUUCGCAUUCAGGCUGAAAAUACAAGAUUAGAAAUUAUAUUUAAGCUAAAGGAAGAAAUUGAACAAAGAGAACAGCUUAAGAAUAAAUAUCAACAGCAACUGAAUGAUAAAGAGAAUGAGGUACAGCAAUUCCAACAGCAGUAUAAACAAAAAGAUACUGAACUUCAUGAAACAUGGAUUAAUCUGCAGGAGUCCAAAACUAAAAAUGAUCGGCUAGAGGAAGCAAAUAGACACCUCAGUGAAAACGUUCAAGAGUUGAAUGUCAAGGAAAGAAACUUGACAACAGAAUUAGACAAAACAAAGGACUUGUUAAGCAAAAGAGAGAUUUCUCAAAAGUCUCUUGAAGAAGAAUUAGGAAAUUUAAAGACGGUUAUCAUUCAGGUUACUAAAGAAAAGGAAAGCAAAAUUGAAGAAUUUGAUAAAGUUGCAUCAAGUAGUGCAUUAGAAAUUGAUGAACUUAGAAAAAUAGUAAAACAUUUGGAAGAAUCUUUCAGAACAGAACAGCAAAGAUCAAAGCAGGUCCAAGAAACUUUACAGAUUUCUUCUUCAGAGUUGGAAAAAAGGACUACAAUACUAGGGGAAUUGGAACAGCUUAAAAUUGAACAUGAAUUGAAGAUUAAUCAACUCACAGAGAUUUUGGAAAACAACACAAAAAGUAAAGAAAAAAUAGAGGAAGAACUAGCAAGUGAAAAGUUAGAAAGGAUAAAAUACUUUGAAGAAUUGAAAAUGGAAAAGAAAAUGCAGAAUGACUUACAAGACAGAAUGGAUAUACUGGUACACAAAACAGAAGAUUUACAGAAAUGUGUAGAUGAAUUGAUGAAAGAAAAUGCAAACCUUAAAGAAAUAACAGAAAACAAAGAGAAUAUACAUUCUGAACUUCAAAGAGAGAUAGCUAAUGCACUUGCAAAAGAAAAGGAUUGUUUUGAACAAAUAAACAUCUUGAAGACGGAACUUGAAGAGGAAAAAAAAAAGCACAAUAAACUCUAUUCGGAUUACCACAUUCUGUUAACAGUGAAAGAAACAAUUUCACAAAACCUAAGUAAUGGCAAUGCAAAAAUUAAAGACCUCCAAAAGAAACUUGAUAACUUUGAAUAUAAAGAAGAAUCAACAAAGAAAGAGAUAGAAGAACUUCAGGAACAAAAUCAUCAACAAAAGGAAGAAAUGAAAGCACUAGAGAACACAUUGAAACAACAGGAUCAAUUAACUGUGAGAAAACUUGGAGAAAAGGAAGAAAAUUCCAAAACUUUUCAAAAUGAAGUUAAAAAAAAGGAAAAAAUGCUAAAGACAAUGGAGAAUAAGUUGAACUCUUUGAAAAAGCAAUUGGAAAGUAAGAACAUCUCUGCUGAAGAAUUAAAUCAAGAGAAUAAGAGCUUGAAAAAAAAGUUUAUUGAAGAAACUCGGCAGUCCAACAUUUAUAAAACCGAGAGAAAUGAAUUGAAUUUGUUGCAUUUGGAAUUGACAAGUCUCAGUAAGCAAAAUGAAGAAACCAUUCAGGGUCUUCAAAAGGAAAUUGAAGAACUGAAGCUUGAAAACAAAAAGUUAACGGAAGAGGUAAAAUCAUUGAAAUUCACAGCAGAAACAACUCUUCAGGCACAGAGAGAAACUGAGAUUAUGUGCCAGAACAAGAUUACUGAAAUGGUUACGCUUAUGGAAAAACACAAGAGGCAAGCAUCUCAGCCAGAAGAAAUGUUUUUGUGUAUGACGGACAGUCCUCAUCCAGGAAAGGGAUAUUCCUUUAUAAUUUAG